CUGCUGUUCAGACAUGGCGUCCGACAGCGACAGCGAGCAGGACUUCGUGAGCUUCGGGACUCCACUGGAGCCUCUGGAGGAAGACGAGCCCCUCAGGAAGCCCGUCCCGCUGCACGACCAGACGGUGAAGGAUGAGAAGGGACGGUACCAGAGGUUCCACGGAGCCUUCACCGGAGGAUUCUCAGCCGGAUACUUCAACUCGGUCGGGUCCAAGGAAGGCUGGGCUCCUUCAGCCUUUGUGUCGUCACGACAACAGAAGAAUGAGCAGCAGCAUGCCAGACCGGAGGACUUCAUGGACGAGGAGGACUUUGGCGAGCACGGCAUCGCUCCCAGGGAGAUCACCACCAGCCAGGAGUUCUGGUCGGGUCGGAAGGACCGCACUGCGGAGAAGGCCCGGGCCAUCAACGCCCAGAGCGCCCUGAUCCCCGGAGACACGCUGCUGGAGGACCUGAUCGCCCCCGCCAGGUCUUCCAUGGGGGUGGAGCUGCUCAGGGCCAUGGGCUGGAGGGAAGGCCAGGGCGUCGGACCUCGGGUGAAGAGGAAGGCUCGCAGGCAGCAGACCGAAAGUGCAGUCCAGGUUCCCGCCCGUGUGCCACGCACUGCUGGUUCAGAGGACUCUGAGGGUGAAGAGGAUGACGAGUUUGCCCCCGAGAAUACGACGUUUGCACCGAAGGAUGUAACUCCGGUGGACUUCACCCCAAAGACGGGGGUCCAGGGCCUGGGGUACCACGGACUGGACCCGGGCCUGGCGCUGCGGGGCCUGGGAGCAGCAGAACACAUCGACCUGUUCACCCCUCAGUCCGACAAGAGGAGUCGCCUGUUUGGAGACAAAGGAAGGAAGUCGAGGAGAGGAGGGGUCGCUGGACAGGCCUUCGGUGUGGGCGCGCUAGAGGACGAUGAUGAAGACAUCUACCACCGAGACUCCAUGUCCAGGUACGACACUGUCCUGGGAGGAGAGGAGCCCGGAGACGGACUGUACGGGUGGACGGCGCCGCGACAGUACAAGAAGACAGACAGAAGCAAAGACGUGGCGUACAUCGGUAAGAUUCUGGACGGCUUCACUUUGGCCCAGAAAGCAGCCGAGGACAAAGUGAUCUUCCCUCCUCCCGUUCUGCCUCGUGACUAUCGGCCGGUCCACUACUUCCGGCCGCCGGUCGAGAUCUCCAAGCUCUCGGGGGUCAGUCCGGCUCUGGCGGAGGCCCUGAAGGCCUCCAGGGGCCACAUGGUCACGGAGGAGCCUCAGAAAGGAGGACGCCAUCAGCUGGACUCUGGCCAGAGGAGGACGCUGCUGGGAGAGGAGGCUCUGCAAGGGCCCAGUUCAGUCCUGGAGCUGCUGAGGCCUGAAGACAGACAGCGUCUGCUGAGCCUCCGCGGACCCUCCACUCCUGCCUCCUCGGCUCCUCUGUCCUCGGCUCCUCCGCCCUCGGGUCUCCCGCAGCACCAGGAGGCUCUGGCGGCCUGGAGAGGAGUCUCCGCCUCCCCGCAAACCUUCAAACCCUUCGAGCAGAACCCCAGCAAGCAGGCGCGCUACGACCUGUACCUGACCGGCCUCCAGCGGGGGGACAGAGACGGCCUGGAGCAGAGUCUGGACUCCACCAUGACGGAGUGGGAGCGCAGCAGGGAGAGGGAGGAGUUUGUCCGAGCCUCCAUCCUGUACCGGCCCUCAUCGUCCUCACUGUCCUCGCGCUUCACCCGGGCCAAAGUGCAGGAGGAUGAGGAGACUGUGGAGGUCAAUCGUGAUGAAGAGGGCGAUGUGGACGACAAACAAGCUGCCGUCAGGAUGAAAAUGUUUGGAAAAAUGACCAGAGAGACGUUGGAGUGGCAUCCGGACAAACUGCUGUGCAAGAGGUUCAACGUGCCCAACCCUUUCCCCGGGUCCUGUCUGGUGGGGCUGCCAAAGGUGAAGAGGGACAAGUUCUCAGUCUUCAACUUCCUGACGGUGACGGAGAGCAGAGAGAUGGCAGCGCCUCCGAAGCCUCCGGCGUCCGGAAAGAAGUCUAGAUGGGAUGUUUCAGAGCAUAAGGACGAUGUAAAGGACGAGGAUCCCCUGAGUGAGCUGCUGACGGCCACACGGAACCAGAGCCAGACCAAACCGGACCAAACGGCACCCGGAGGCCCUGAAUCCAUCAGCAGUCAGACGCAGGUGAAGACAGAAAAGCAGGAGAGUUCAGAGAAGAAGACAGACGGCGAUGAGGAAAAGCAGCAGGAGGAAGAAGAGGAGGAGGAGAGCCGGCCGCCCAUGGACCUGUUCAAAGCCAUAUUUGCUAGUUCCUCAGAUGAGAAGUCGUCGUCUUCCUCGGAGGGGGAGAGCGACGGGGAGAAGGUGGAGGAGGAAACCAGCCAGCCAGUGACGCUCUUCAGCAUCACCCCCUCCUCAUCAUCAUCAUCAGCCGUCAGGAGCAGCCAGCCCACAGCAGCAGCGGUUGCCCCCCCGACGUCGACGCGAGAAGAGCAGGAGGAGUUUGGUCCGAAGCUCCCGCCUCCUUCAGCUGCUGGUGCUCCUGCAAUCUUGUUUUUGUUCUGUUCAGACAGAGGACGGGCCACCUCCUUCUGUUACCCCAGUGAAGAGGAAAAACACAGCAAGAGUAGCAAAGAGAAGAAAGUGAAGAACAAGAAGCAGCACAAACACAAGGACAAAAAGAAGAAGAAACACAAGAAGCACAAACACAAAAGCAAAGAACAGAAGAAGAGUAAGAAGGAGAUGGACAGUAGCCUCGGAUGACAGUGACGAGGAUGACAAGGAUGGAGAGGUGCCGACAGAGGAUCUGCUAAAGAGACUGAAGAGCAUCCGGUCCCGUCAGAACCACUGACCCUGCUGGGGCUCCGUCCUCCAUGAGGACCACGGUCAGCUGACCUCACUUCCUGUGAUACCACAACAAUAACUCACAAGGUUGUCUAAUAAAAUAUACAUCACCCA